UCUCGGCGCCCGCGCAGUGCGCAACGCAGCGCGAUCCAAAAAUACCGCCGGCUGACAUGGGCUGACCGCGCUCGUAAAAAACAAAAAUACAUUCGAAAUUUAAACUUUAAAUCGGAAUUCCUGCAAUCGAUCGAUUGAUCAGUGGUUAGUUUUAGUAGUGAAGUGUUGUGGAGUAUGUCGCCGACGGCCAUAGGUGCGGAUUUGCCGCAACGAUGUGGCAAGAGUGAGUCGUACCCCCAACAGUUGCUCGGUUGGCUGUACCUCACACAUGAACAGAAUGAUCAGCUCGUCCCCAGCUCUUUGUGGGGCUCGUUCCCCACGGCGGCGCCUUGCUCGGCGCUGCCUGCCGACGACGCCUCCUCACUCACAGACCAGUUCUCGGGUCUCUCGCUCCGGAGACCACACCGCCCGCCGCCCAACACCUACAUGUGUCACCUCUGCUUCAAGACCGGCCACCACUAUAUCAGGGAUUGUGAUCAGGCCCGUCCCAAAGGCGAAGGUCUGACUCCGUACCAGGGCAAGAAGAGAUGCUUCGGGGAGUACAAGUGUCCCAAAUGCAAGCGCAAGUGGAUGAGCGGCAACUCCUGGGCAAACAACGGUCAGGAGUGCAUCAAGUGUAGGAUCAACGUCUUCCCGCACAAACAGAGGCCGUUGGAGAAACCAGACGGAUUGGACGUGAGUGAUCAGUCGAAGAUACAUCCUCAGCAUCUGUGCCAGAAGUGUCGUUCGCUGGGCUACUACUGCCGACGAGAGUACUGACCGACGAAGCCAACUUCAACCAGGCAUUAUCACACUACCUAAUCGGUCGGGAUCAGGCUGCGUAAUGAAGAACUUUCCAGGUCACGUUCCACAAAAAAAAAUGGCGCUGUGAACGUUGUCUAUUUUCAUGGAUACCAGACAUACCUAUGCAUCUUAAAUCUUUGUUUUUGAAUAUUAGAUGAUGACCCUUGUUAAUAUACCCAUUUUUUUUAUUUUUUUUUUACAUUGGGAAAUGCGUUACGCAUACCACGCCGCCCGGGGGGGGCGCCGACCACCGUCCACAGGUCCCCGUCAAGGCGGCGCUUGGUCGAUUGCGACCAACAUGACUAUGUCCGCGAAGGUGGCGACCGCACUCCAGGCCUGCUCGCUGCCGCUCAUGGCCCUAACCAUGGCCGGCAGCGAGAGGUCAGCCCCUAUUUCUGUGGACACGGCAGCGCGAGGGACCGCCCAAGCGGGGCACUCCUCGUUGUUAAUAUACCCAUCUUCCAACCCUGAUCAAAAUAAAGAGAAGCAAUAUAGCUUUAUCCAUAUAUCAUUUUUUUUAUAUGCCUCUGCCGUUAUAUUUUUUUUUUUUAAAUUAUGUGCCCAAGCAAUUAGAAAAUAAUAUGUAGUUAUCACGUUAAAAGUACAAUACAGCGCCAUCUACAUAUUAUUUUGGGGAACAUGGCCUAG